AUGGUUUUGUUCACUCACGGAGGGGGGGGAGUAAGCAAAAUAGACGAUACCAGCAAUUCAUCAAUGCAACCUAACGGUCUAGAUAAUUUGCGAGAGUCUAAUGAAAAUAAAAAAAUUUCGAUAAACGCUUGCUUCAAUAAAAAACGGAAUUGUUAUGUUUAUAAGUCAAAGUUCAGCCAGUUAAAUAAAAACGAAAUCCAUCUCUUUUUCUCAAGAGAUAACGGUUUAUUAGGUGCUGCAAAAACUCGCUUAAAAAGACCGUUAUAUUUGCGCAAAAAUUAA